GGCAAUUGAAUUAGACCACUCCACUAUACAACACAAGAUAUUGACUUAUGCCAUGCAAAUGGAAACUAGAACCUUAGAACCUCUUUUGUUCUCUAUAAAUAUCUUCCAUACUUCUCCAUCCAUUCCCUUCUUUUUCUUUACUUCGAUUCACACACAGCACAGAGAAACAUGAGGUCUGUUAAGUUUUUCAUUUUGUUGGCCGUGCUCUUGGCUUUUACAGCUAUUGCUCUGUCGUCAGAAGAAGAAUCAUAUAUAGAUGAAAGUUCCGAUAUUCCUCGGCCUUCCAUGCGAGGAAUUGCAAAUCGUUUUCUUGGCCAGAGAAGAAUUACAUGUGAUAAAUACCCUAGGGUUUGCCAUGGGAAUGGCAGCCCAGGGCCCGACUGCUGCAAGAAGAAAUGUGUGAACGUGAUGACAGAUAAAGUAAACUGCGGGAAGUGCGGGAAGAAGUGUAAGUUCCCUGAGAUUUGCUGCAAAGGGGCGUGUGUGAAUCUAAUGUCCAACAAGAACCAUUGUGGAGGUUGCAACAACAAGUGCAAGAAAGGUAGAGUUUGCGCCUACGGAAUGUGCAGUUAUGCAUAGUUAAUUAGUUAUCGAUCCAUUUGUUAAUUAUUUCCAAUAUCGGACAACAAAUAAAGUAUUAUGUUUUAAAUGAAUAAGAGCGAAACGUAAGGUAGGCUUCGCUAGUGUUUAUUUAUUCUUUAUAUGUAUGUUUAUUCAUGUAAUAAGUGAAAUAUGUAAUAAUUUAUAAUCCUUGAU